GCAGCAGCAGCAGCAGCAGAAGCGGACGCAGCCCACUGGCGGCGCCUGCCUUGCUCUCUGCUGCCCUCUGGCGGCGGAUCCCGGCGGACUCAGAGCAGCGCACGUGAUUUCUAGGAAAAGGAGCGAAGGAGUGAAGAAAUGGUCAAAGGAGGAGGAGAGAAGGGAGGAGUGGAGCAGCUGAAGCCGGGGAGGAGGGGCAUCCCUAUGCAAAGCCCGGGAGCAGCAGCUGGAGGGAAGCCACCCGUGCCAAAGGCCUCCCCACAGUUUCUGCCUCUGCCACGCUCCCCUUUGUCUCCACCAAUGGCGACGCCACGGAAACGCGUGCGAGCGACCCGGAAACUGCGCCAAUGGACGGUGGAGCAAGUAGAGAGCGGAAAAUUCCCCGGUUUGGUUUGGGAUGACCCCCCGGCCAAGACCAUGUUUCGAAUCCCAUGGAAACACGCCGGGAAGCAGGAGUUCCGGCAUGAUGAGGACGCCGGGUUUUUCAAGGCGUGGGCCAUCUUUAAAGGGAAGUACCACCCUGGGGAGCAGCUCAACCCUGCUGCUUGGAAGACACGCAUCCGCUGUGCUUUGAGCAAGAGCCCUGAGUUCGAGGAGGUGCCGGAGCGUUCACGCCUGGAUAGCACUGAGCCCUACAAGGUCUACCGCCUGGUCCCAAUCUCUGAGCAGAUUGUGGGAUGUCAGUCUAAAGCUGAGAAGGCGAAGAAGGCAAAGCUGGGGCGUUCCAAGAAAAACGGUGGUCCCCCUGAGAGCAUCGCUCAGCCCUCUGGCUCCCUUUCGGUCCUCAAAAUGGAAGAGAACUUAGGCCCAGAAGCCAUGGCUAGCCACACACCAAGCGCCCUGGACUCCUCCGCCUUCCAAACUGGGGAGAACAGCCCUCAGCCGGGUGAACCAGCAGCAGAGCUGAAUAAGAACGUUUUUCUCAUGAACCUGGAUCCUGUCUCCUUGGAGGGCACUGAUGGCAUGGCAAUAGGGCUCUUCAGUGCACCUUCUCCAUCCUUGGUGAAAAUGGAAGAAAGAACAAUUGCUGAGAAUGAGGCAUCCAUCAGUGGGAUUGGUAGUUUGGACAUCUCUAGGUUGGGGGAAUAUUCCAUCUCGCUGUCCAUCCUCUAUAGCGGUGAGCUGAUGCAGCAGCUCUGGAUCCCAGCAGGCGAAUUUCUCAUCACAUCUGUUGCCGCCCCUCAGGGAGCGCCAACAAAUACCAUGCGCAGGGUGCUUCUGCCAUCCCCGACCAAAAUAAAAUCCCCACAAAAGCAGGAAAUUAUUUCACGUCUGCUGAAGAAUCUGGAGAGGGGUGUGAUGGCUGCCAGUAACUGUGAAGGGAUAUUCGUCCAGUGUCGAGGCAAAGCCAGCAUCUUCUGGCAAGGACCAAGCGAAGUCCUGCCACCUGGCAGGCUGGAGAAUAACGCCUACCUUCAGCUGUUCAGCACCAGGUCUUAUAAAGCAGCACUGGACCAGUUUCAGCUGGGACUCAGUCCUCCACCUGAUCGCCAAAUUACUCUCUGCGUCGGGCAGGAAUUAGGAGAGAUGGAUAGCAUAGUCAGCAAACCCAUUGUCAUCCAGAUGGAACAAAUCAUUCCUUUUCAGCUGCUCGUUCCUUCUGCUCCUCCUCCUGUAGUAGAAGAGUCUUCCUGCCUUGUUCCUGCCUCAAAUGCAAUUUUGUCUGCAAACCUCUGAGAUGUAGAAGCUUCCAAUUCCUGCUUACUCUUGAGGGGUCUGCACUUUGGCAAGCAAACCACCCACUUUCUGCUUGACUUUAAACAAGGACUUUGUGAGCUGUAGUGAACUACCAUAUACCAUGCUGCAUCUCCAAACUGAACUGUUUGGAGGGGCUGCAGUUCCUGUUUUCCUGUCUGCUUAGGGAGGGACGUCCUGCCAUGUACCUUUGCCCAGGUGGAGCAGCGUUACCAGAGACCUUGUUCCCGCAAUGUGGAAGUAUAUAAAACACUAGAGCAUGACCAAGUGGCAAUACUGAGGGACUCACUUGUCGGUGGGAUUACUAUCUACAUAGGGUUAGAUCCUGAGAUGAAAGUGGAUAAUUGUCUGAGCAUCUCCUCCUCUCUGCUACGUUAUAAAACAAACUUCCCACCUCUACUGUUUUGCUUACUUGGACCACACUCAAACCUUCUUGCACUUUAUUUGUAGAUUUUAUUUUUAAAAAGUUAACUUCUGAUGACUUUGUUUGUUUUCUUGUAUGCCUCUGAAUCUAUUUAAAUAAUAAAAUUGUAUUGAAACGGA